AUGGAAUCUGAGGAAGGCGGUGACGGUGUAAAUUAUAGUGGUAAUUUUGUCACCGAUACGUUUUUUCCUACAUUUGACGAUGCAGUUACAUGGGCUGAUGGUGUUUCCAUAAAAUUGGGAUUUAUAUUGGUGAAAUCGUCUUAUAACAAAACCAGAGAUGGUCGGCCGUAUCGGUAUUUGCGAUGUGAUCGGUCACGAAGGAGCAAGCCGAGAGAUUUGGAGAACGCGAUACGGAAGGACACCAAAACCAAAGCUAAUGGUUGUCCAUUCUACAUCAAGAUAUAUUAUGAUGUGAGCACCGAAAGUUGGAAGAUCAUUGCGAAAAAUGAUCACACCGGGACACAUAACCACCCAAUGAUUGUGUACCCAGAGGGUCACCGUAAAGUGAGCGGAUUGAGUCCGGGUGCAAAACAGGUUGUGCAGGACAUGACAAAGUCCAAGGUUGCUCCCCGUAACAUCAUGUCCACUAUUGCCGAGCAAUUUUCUGAUGAUCAUCCAAACAUCCGACACAUUUACAAUUGCCGAAAUGACUUCAGGAUGGAGAUGUCUGAAGGAAGAGGAGUUGUUCAGCAAUUUCUUCAUCUGGCGAGAGAGAGUAAAUACAUUUACUGGGUCACGAACGAUGAUCACAACGUUUUGCAACAUGCAUUUAUGGUGCACCCGAUCAUGGUCAACAUACUUCGCACAUACCCACAUGUCAUAGGUAUGGAUUCUACUUACAAGACCAAUCGAUAUAACAUACCUUUCUUUGAGGUUGUAGGCGUGACACCGACAAACCAGAAAUUUCUAGUUGGAUAUGUUUUCAUGCGCAACGAGUGCACGGCUAGUUAUCGGUGGGUGUUGCAGAGAUUAAGGGAGUUGAUUGGGUUUGAUAUAGAGCCAUCUGUAUUUAUUUCAGACCGUGAUCUUGGGCUUUGUGCGGCUUUGAGAGAAGUCUUUCCAGGGACGUCACAUUUACUCUGUCUAUGGCACAUCAACAGAGAUGUGGAGGCUAAGGUGACGAAGAUGUUUGGAAACAAGACGGUUGGUGUCAGUUUUAGAGCUGGGAGAUGGUUCAAAAUCAUGAAUGCAACAACACAGGCGAAGUAUGAUCGUGCUCUAACUGCCAUGCAAGUGAGGUGGGGAAAAUAUCCGGAAGUGAUUCAGUAUGUUCAGAGAACAUGGCUUUGUCAUAAGGAGAAAUUUGUGAAAUUUUGGACGAACCAGAUUCUUCGUUUUGGUAACACCACCAACUGCAUAGUUGAGAGCCAACAUUCAGCAGUGAAAACUUGGUUUGAAUCAUCCACAGGUGCUUUGGAUACCGUAUGGGCCCGAGUCCAUUGUCAUAUUGGUAAUCGCAUCAUACAAAUUCGUAAUGAGUUGGAGGCAUCAAGGUCUAAAAUUGGUCAGAUGUACAGACAGUUGCCACUGCCACGUAUGAAUGGCAAAGUGUCAACAUUGCUUGAAAGUUCUGGAUAA